AGCUGCUAAAAACAAACACGAAGAAGAAAAUGGCGCGCUGGUGGAUGUAAACAAAGAUGUUUUAUCGUGUUGAUGGUGCUCCGCUGUGUCUUAUUUACCGCCUGAUGUGAGGAUGAGAAGAAAAGGAAGAGAAGAAAAGGAGGAGGGUUCACCUGGUUCACCUGUACGGACUCACUAACGAUUCUCCUCCAACCACCUGGCCUCACCUGUAUGACCUGGUCUCACCUGUAUGACCUGGUCUCACCUGUCUGACCUGUAUGACCUGGUCUCACCUGUCUGACCUGGUCCCACUGGUCUGUCCUGGUCUCACCUGUAUGACCUGGCCUCACCUGUCUGACCUGGUCUCACCUGUCUGACCUGGUCCCACUGGUCUGUCCUGGUCUCACCUGUAUGACCUGGUCUCACCUGUCUGUCCUGGUCCCACUGGUCUGUCCUGGUCUCACCUGUAUGACCUGGUCCCACCAGUCUGUCCUGGUCUUACCUAAUCCAGUCUGUAGAGUCUCGUGGUUCAGGAGAUGAUGGCGGGGCGAGGUCGGGGACGGGGUCGCAGGUUGAUGACUUUCAGCGUGGAGGCCGUCGGCAUCAACAGAGGAGACAGUUUACCUCCAUCCAUCCAACAACCUACACCUGUGUAUCCUGUGAUGGAGCAGAAGCCCCUCCCCCUGACAGGUGGGGAGGAGGCGGAGUAUCUGUUAGCGCUGAAACAAGAGUUCAGAGGAGCCAUGAAGACUCUGCCGAGCUUCAUCCAACCAGCUGCUGCUCUCAGAGAUGUGGAGAGAUACUCUGAUAAAUAUCACAGCGGUGAGCAGAACGACGCCCUGAUGGACUGGACUCCAGACUGGAAGAGAUUUCCUAAAGAACUCCGAGUCAGGAGACCAGCUACAGACCGUGUCUCAGCAGUCAGUCGAUCUGACAGAGUUCAGUCGUCUCAGAAGAAGAAACAAGUGAAGGAGAAAGAGGAAGUUCUGCUCAAACUGGAGACCCUGGAGAAGAAGGAGGAGCGGGGGAGCUCUGGGGAGGAGGAGGAGGAGCAGGGUGAGGAGAAGAAGAAGAAACAGGAGGAGGAGGAGGCUGAUGCAGAAGAGGAGUACGAUGAGGAGGAGUUUGAGGAGGAGACAGACUACAUCAUGUCGUACUUUGAUAACGGGGAGGAGUUUGGAGGUGACAGUGACGAAAACAUGGACGAGGCUAUUUACUGAAACAGUAGCACCUGUUUUCAUCACUUUUUACUGUGUGUGCGCGUGUAUCUGUCGGUGUGUGGAUGAGGGUGUGUGUGUACAGAGGAUCCGUCCAUCAGCUGUUUGUCUGUUUAAAAAAAAUAUUUCUGUUUAAAAAAGAGGAAUAAUUGUUCUGUAUCUUUAAAACUGUUUUUUAACUGUUUGUACUCGUGUUUUAUCAGUUUUAUUGUUUUUAUAAAUAAAAUGAAAAACUGUUGGUUAAUAAAAAAAUGAAAACACAAUGA